AUUAGGUGCAACGCUGCAUGUGAUCAAGACGUAUAGUAUCCGGACUAGUAGUUGUCCAAUUAUGGUUGACGUCAAGUUCAACUGAUUAGAUUGCCUAAUGAAUAAGGCUACGUUACUUAAUAAAUAGACACAGAAUCCCCGAUUAGCGUUUCCGACAUUUUUAUUAUACCAGGGGUAUCUCAAGAUAAUUGCAGUCAACCUUGCCCAUAAAUGGUGACCGUUUGCAUUGGACUCCUUCUGAGUCAGUCGUUGUACUUUUUGGUACAAAUUCACUUUAUCGAUGUUGAAUACUCAGAAAUUUUUUCAUGAAACUGAAGUUAGCAGUCACAAAACACAAACGAUGACUUGUCCUACGCGUACGCAAGGGGAUGGAAUGGAAAAUAUAGCAGAUGAAAAAGUAGAUAAAAAACAGACAAAAGUCCGUUUAGGAGACACACUAAUUUACCACCCGACAAAUUUGAAACAAUCAAACUCUACACCUCCGGUAACGCCCGUUGGCAUGAUAGUAAACCUUACGCCAAAGAGUGUUGCACAAGUAAAGAAAGAGAAGCAUAUAUUGAGUUCUUUGAAGUCAAAGGAGCCCAAAUUCGUUCCAUAUGAACCUUACAAGGCUGCUGUUAACCCAAUUAUUCCCUAUCAGAAAAAAACCAGAAAGGCAUCAAAGAAUAAUUUGGACAUUAAUGUCAUGGUCUCUCAAAUGGCCAUGCUAACUGCGAACGAGGCUGAGAAGAGAAAUCAGACUUAUGGUAAAGCGAAAGAAGGUGCUGCAGAAAGUGCUGGUAUAGAUGCGCUAAGUGCAGAAAAAAAAGCCUACGAAACUGAGAUUCAGAAACUCAAGGAAGAAAAUUCUCAGCUGGAGAGUCAGUUGAAAUUUCAGGCACAGGUGAAUGGAGAGUUAAAAAAUCUUUUGGUAGCAGCUGUAGGAGAAGAUUUGGAAACGAAAGUUCACCUUUUGACAGAGGAUAAGCUUCAAUUGGCGCGUGCUCUGCUUAACUCUGCUCAAAAUCUGAAUACCCAUCAAGAACAAACUGAGUGGCUGGCUGGUCAAUGCGAGGUUUGGAGAAGCAAAUUUUUAGCUAGCAGUUUGAUGGUGGAAGAACUCGCACGAUGGAAGGCUGCACUUUGCCAAAGGACUACCGAUCUGCAGGAGACAAUAAAACGACUAUUAGAAGAACGUAGCAAAGUAAGAGACACCGCUCUCAGAACAUACAGAACACUGAGCUUACUUCGUGAAAACUUUGACUCUGUUGGAACAAUGUCCAAUCAAAGGCAUGAGCUGCCUAGUACAAAUGUUCUGGAUUUGAGCGAAGGUUCAUGUCAGCUUGCUGAAAUUCUUAAGGUCCAGUUACUUGGUGGCUCAGACAAAAUUCAUCGUCGUAGAGAAAUAAAUAUCGUCGGUUUAGAGAUGAAAACUGUGGCGGAAAAACACGCCGAACAGUUACUGAUGAACCCAAAUUUAUUAUUGUCUGGAAGACAAGAUGCAGCAUGCAGUGCCGUUAUGGGUGCAGCUGUGGCGGUCGGAGGUCAACUUUUUCUACCUUCGCAAACCAGUUGCCCAACCAUAGCUUGUUGUCCGCACUGCAGUGGUGAGACAAAGCAAAUCUGAAAUGAAAGUAAAACUAUGAAAAAACAUUGUUAACACUGCAUUAUUAGAUGCCAAUGCCAGAAACAUUGAUAUACGAAAUGAGUGCUUCCACCUUAUGUGAGUCAUUUUAAUAUUCUUAUAAUCUAUUCCAAUAAUAGAGUAUUAUUCUUAUAAAAUGUAAUGUAAAAUUAUAAAUCCGACGCGAAUCACCACAUCACUUUUUCUGUUUGAUAUUUAAGACUACCGAUGUCAUUCCGAACGGUUGGUUUAAUUUUGAAUUUUUUUUUCUACCGGUAAACCAUGUCACUCAUAUGGUUCUAUGCAUGCAUUAUUUAGUUUAACACUUUGCGAGAUAUUGAUUAUUAUACCUUGAUGUCGAUUGGUUUGGAGGAUAACUGUAGUUGAUGAUGUAUCAGCAAAUAAGUUUUAGAUCAUGCUGCUUAACGUUUAAAACGCUCAAGCGCUAUGCUCAUUUUAGGUCACUAUAAAAAUAGAACUCGUCUUCAAAUGUGCUGCAUCAAUUGUAAAAGCUUCACUUUGGUAUGUCACAAUAUGCAUAAAAGUAUUUUGUAACUGUGCUGAGGUCAAUAUGUAUAUUUGAAGCUGAGGAUCUCUGAUAUUUUGCAUGCAUUGUACAUGAAAAUUACAUAUUCAUGUCAGGAUGUAGCUGACACGGUGUAACCAUUGGUCAGAGAGAAGUGGGAAGUCAGGGAAUUUUGUGGCCUGGAACGGGACAGAAUAAAACUUCCCCCAUAUUUCCAUUAUAUCUAAAUAGAUCAGAAACGUGUUUCUGCAUACCGAUUGAUUUGGAGAUUUAUUUAUUGUAUACUUGAAUUGGAUAUAUUCAUUUGGAUAUGAGAAAGUCAUAGAGAAAUAUUACAAUUUGGUCAAGGAGAGUUAGUGAAGAGUAGGAGAUCCGCGAAAUCCUAAUAAAAGAAAUGGUAAAUGGAAAUUUCUAAGAAAGCCCAACCAUCAAUAAUUUCAAAAAAAUUAGACUUUUGUACUGUUUUGCAAUGCCAGCAAUUUAUUGUUUGUUUAAUUUUAACGCAUCACAGGUGAUUUUGUUUGAAAACAAAUUUUUCACAAAUCUCCUGAGAUCAAUAUUUUCCUAUCUUACCUCAAUUUAUCAGGCAAAUGUUUCAUGUGAAAUAUUACAGUUUAUCAAUAAACUUAUUGUGUUAUGGAAAACAAUAUAUUAACUUUAUUCAGAAUUCAUUUUGAGCCAUCUGUAGAGCAUCCAUGCACAAGUUAACUCUGCCAUAAUCCACUGAAACUGGACUAAGAAUAUGACUUAGCCACAAAAAAAAAAACAAUUAUAGUAAUCAGAAUAACUGUAGUAAUGAUGUAAAUAAGGUAUAUAUGUAUGUAACGUAUCUGCAAAGCGAUAUCUCGUUUUUGAAAUAUGUAUGUCUCCUUGCUACUUGAGUAGUUCCACGUUUGAUACAUCCGCCCAAAUCAUAUAACUGCACAAAAAUAUUUUAAUCUCAAGACGGCUUGCGACAAGGCUAAAUGUGUUAACACGGACUGAUUCAAUUAAAACAAGUCAAUUCAUUAAUUAUUAUGCAAAGCAUUGAACCUCAUACAAUUGCGACACUGACAAAAUAUAACGAACCCUAUGUUUAAUAUCUUCAUUCAUACGUACACUUAAUGUGAAAUGAUAUAUAUUGAAAUGCUCAAAGCUCCACCCUCCUUAGAAUUAACGACCAGAUUGAAAUUUCUCUAUUCCUAAUCUUACAACUGACAGCCAGCAAAGUUUGAAUAUUGUAUUACUUCAUGUGUACACCAAGUUGAUAAUGUACUCUCAAAUUUAGUCGCUCCAUAUUUCACUUCAUACUUUGCCAUAAAAAAAAAAUACUUUCAGGAUAUGAUCGAUAAAUGGUUUAACGAAAACAUGUUGAAAUAAAGAUGUCACACAGCUAUGGUUUGAAAGAUAGAACGGAAAUUACUGCAGUUGAAAUUGAUGAGUUUAAAAAAAGACUUGAAAAUGAUGCAUUUGAACUAAUUAGGCUUCGAUCAUCAGAGAGAUUAUAUUUAUCUAACAUUUCCUUACUGUAAAUGGAAUCACUAAAAAUCGUCGUAAGAUUUUGAACAACAAUAAGCUAUACUUUUUUCGAUUCACAUGUUUGUCACAGGUCAUUUGUGAGUAAUAAUUCUAUGUAUGUACUAGUUUUUUAUAUUAAGUGUUGUGAUCAAGAGUAUUUGCAUUAUUCGCGAUCUGUUGAGAGUUCUCAUAAAAUUGAAAUGAAUUAUUAGUUAUUAGAAUCAGCCAAGUUAUAUGCCUUCAGCGGCAAUGGAAAGACAGAAUUAGGAGAUUUUCAUGACUGAUAUUGAAAAUAGUAUUAUUUCAGUCUAAAUUUGUGGUUUUCAAGUUCUUUACACAUCGAAUAGAGACUGUUUUCAUUAAAUUCAACUUCAUUUAUUUUUGUUAUAAUGUUCGAAACCUCGUUUGAUUCACAAUGUUUCUGCUUGGGCGAUUUUUUGGUUAGUCUAUAAGAUUCCAUAAUAUUCUUAAAAUAGAAUGAGAAAUUCAACUGAAUACUGAACAUGAGGAUAGAUAAUCUGCACUGAAUGAAACUACAUGUUUUGUACUUCAAUUCAAUUAUGAAUUCAGGUGUGAAUCUUGGUAGAUACAAAAAAUUCCAGCAACACGUAGUGCAAAAUGAUAAUAAUACAUUACCAUUUUUGUAUAAAUUCAAGUACAGAAUAACGUUAAUUAUAGUCUUUUAGAGGCUAAAUUAUGGAUAAAUGAUUCUUACAGAUUUGCAGGUUUUUUAUAUUUCUAGUGUUAUACAUUGGGGUUUAUUCAAUUUCUAAAAAUGGAACAACAGAGAAUAGACAUUUACCAUUGUCACUUUCAAUUUCGCCACUUUCAUAGUUUUACUCACAAGUUUACAUAACCAGUUAAAAUUCAUGUUAAGGAAUGCAAUUAUUAAAAAAGAUUGUCAUAUUUAGGUAUUUAUUUCUCAAUUCCAAAGUGGUGCAAAUACUCGUUGCGAUCAUAAUUUACCACACGUCAAGUGAGAAACUUACGAGUUGUUUAUAUCCAAUUCUACAUAAAUCUAUACAUUAUAUUGUGUUUGUACACAUGUAUCAUAUUAUAUUAUUUAAAAACACUAUUUAUACAUCGAUAUUAACAAUGAGUGAAAUGAUAUGUUAUAAUUAUAAUGGUGCUGUUAUGCGUAAAUAAAUAAUAUAUUCAAUUUUUUAGAUUGCACUCGUACCGAAAAUACUUUAAUUUUUCGAAUAAAGUCUACAAUUCUAUUAUUCAUGAUUGUUUAUAGUUAAUAAUUCUUACAUCCAUAUUGAAUGUUUUAUUUUAUAUGUUAUGUAAGAAUUUUAAUAUACAAGUUAUAUAAUAAAUAUAUGGGAUAUUCUAGGUUAAAUAAAGUAGCCACUUUGCAAAAAGUCGCUCGGACUCUUUUUAUAUAAAAAAUUUUUACUCUGGAGUAAGGAGUAAAUAAGAUUUUCUAAAAGUGAAAUUUGGACAAUUUAGUAUUGAGAGU